CAGACUCGAGAAGUCAUCGCAGGAAAAGAACCAAGAGUAUUGAGGAUGAUGAGGAGGGUCACCUGGUCUAUCACAAUGGAGACAUGCUAAGAGCAAGAUAUGAGAUUAUAGGGACUCUGGGCGAAGGAGCCUUUGGAAAAGUAGUAGAGUGCCUUGACCGUUCAAAAAGCAAUGCAAGAGUUGCGCUGAAGAUCAUCAAAAAUAUCGAGCGCUAUCGUGAGGCAGCCUUGUCAGAGGUUGAUGUGCUUGAGCGGAUAAACUCGCUUGAUGAGGAAAAGAGAUUUGCUUGUGUCCGGAUGCUGGACUGGUUCGAUCACCACGGCCACAUCUGCAUAGUGUUUGAGCUGCUGGGACUGAGCACGUAUGACUUCCUGAAGGAGAAUGGAUUCAUGCCCUUCUCGUUGAACCAGAUCAGAUUCAUGGCAGACCAGAUAUUCAGAGCCGUGCAGUUUCUGCAUCGAAAUAAGUUGACUCACACUGACCUCAAGCCUGAAAACAUUCUGUUUGUGGACUCCAACUAUGACAUCAAGUACAACUCCAAAAUGAAGCGAGACGAGAGGACCUUAAAGAGGCUGGAUGUGAAAGUUGUUGACUUUGGCAAUGCUACCCAUGACCACGAGCACCACACCUCUGUGGUGUCCACACGUCACUACAGGGCUCCAGAAGUUAUAUUAGAACUUGGCUGGAACCAGGCGUGUGACGUGUGGAGUUUGGGCUGUAUCCUGAUUGAGUUCUAUCUGGGGUUAACCUUAUUUCAGACUCACGACAGUAAAGAGCAUCUGGCGAUGAUGGAGAGGGUUUUAGGACCCAUACCAGCAUACCUGCUUCAGAAAACCAGGAAGCGGCGUUAUGUGCAUCAUGACAAAUUGGACUGGGAUGAGCACAGCUCCGCGAGGAGAUACGAGGAACACUGUAAACCUCUAAAGCAAUACAUGUCCUCUAACUCCGAGCACGAGCUGCUGUUUGACCUGCUGCACAAGAUGAUGGAGUAUGAUUCAUCCAAACGAAUCACCCUGGAGCAGGCCAUUGGACAUCCCUUUUUCAACCCGAUAAGAAAAGAGAGAAAGUGACUUGGAGGCUACACAAAAUGAACCUUACUGCUCCCAGGGAGACUGCUGCUGACUGUAUCAGUCUGCUUUAAGACUGCCUGCUUCAUCACUUUUGUCCAUAUUUAUUGUCAAUUUGAUUAUAUGGGCCAAAUUUAUCUGUACGUUUGGCAAAUUAAACUUGAAUGCGCUUUGAAUACA